GCCGGCGCGCGCGCGACCGGAAGUGCUGCGCGGUGACGUCUCUUCCGGGCGCCCGCUUGGGCCGCCGCGCCGCGCUGCCGGUGCCGCCAUGGAGGCGGCGGUGGCGGCGGCGCCGCCGCAGAAGCGCUUCUACCGGCAGCGGGCGCACUCCAACCCGCUGGCCGACCACACGCUGCGCUACCCCGCCAGGCCCGAGGACAUGGACUGGGCCCAGCUGUACCCGGCCUUCUUCGCCCCGGCGGCCCAGGGAGCGGCGGCGGCGGCGGCACCGGCCUGCGUGGAGUUCGCCGACGUGGGCUGCGGCUACGGCGGGCUGCUGGUGGAGCUGGCGCCGCUCUUCCCCCGCACGCUCAUGCUGGGGCUGGAGCUCCGCGUGAAGGUGGCGGACUACGUGCGGGACCGGCUGCGGGCGCUGCGGGCGGCCCAGCCCGGCCGCUACGACCACGUCGCCUGCGUCCGCGCCAACGCCAUGAAGCACCUGCCCAACUUCUUCCGCAAGGGCCAGCUCAGCAAGAUGUUCUUCCUCUUCCCCGACCCCCACUUCAAGAGGACCAAGCACAAAUGGCGAAUCAUCAGCCCCACGCUGCUGGCGGAGUACGGCUACGUGCUGCGCCUCGGGGGCCUCGUUUACACCAUCACGGACGUGGAGGAGGUGCACGAGUGGAUCGUGAAGCACUUCAGCAGCCACCCGCUCUUUGAGGAGGUGCCGCUGGCCGAACUGAGCGACGACCCCGUCGUGGCCCGCCUGGCCACCUGCACGGAGGAGGGCAAGAAGGUGCAGCGCAGCGGCGGCAGCACCUUCCCGGCCGUCUUCCGGCGCGUCGAGGACCCGGCGCUGCGGGAGGAGGCGUGAGGCGCGGCGAGCGGGCCCGGCCUCGGCGCUGGGCGGCCGGUGCCUCCUCGUUGGUGCCCAGCCGGGGCUGCGCCUGGCCGGGGCGGUCGCCUGCUGCCGAAUUUCCGAAUAAAGCAGUGACUUUGUGGCCCGGGAGAGGCCGCGGUUUGA